UUCCUCUUCCUCUCGUGUCUGACCCCUACGGAGACACCUGUUUCAAAGAGAAGGGCCAAAUUGGGGAGAUGUGGGAGUAGUGGGAAGACGUCGACGAUAUUUAACCUCCAGCAUUGCUAUAGAAUCGUUGCUAAUGAGAGCGUGUGCAGAGGUUUUGUGUAGUUCAUUGUCAGAGUCAAUGAGGAUAUUUUCUAAAUUCUGAUAUUUGAAUGCUUCCACUGGUUUGGUAUUAUUGUCAAUGUCAGGAAGGGAGGGCAUGUAGACAAGAAAAUCUAGCUGGAAUUACAGUUUAGGGUGGAGGCAUGGGGUUAACCGUUAAGGUGUUGAACUUAAUUGUUCAGACACCAGGGGUUGCACAGGUAAUGGUGGACAUGAAACCAGUGGGGAGGAUUUUGGUUGGGAAGGACGGUACUCUUGAAAAGGAAGUGAACUACCUCUGCGGCAAUUCCUUUGUCACUGAUAUUGUACUCUCAGAUGCUGAGCUAUGACCCAAUUAUUCCAUGACCUGCUCAGUUCGCCAGUGUGUACAGCAGCAGAAUGUGGCCAACUCUUUUCAGCGCUGCGACAUUAGGAAUCGAAUUGAUUGUCGCUAAUGCUCGUCGUGUGACAGUAUCCUUGCAUUGUCAGUACUGUUAAGGUUUAAUACUGACUUUCUUAGAGUCUGAGCUGCAGUAGUAGGAGCGGCGCGUUUUGGGGUAUUUGGUAUCAUGCGUACGUGAUGUGUGUGUAGUCUCACAAUCGAACGUAGCACAAACUAGUCAAGGCUGUUAUUGCCUAAAUGGGCAUGGUCGAAGCUUCUGAAUUUCUUAAGAGUAACGCACUGUGCACCUUCUUUCGUUGUUCAUUGUGCUCUACGCAUUCUGGAAUUUUAACCACCAUCGCAGUUUAGCGGGCAUUCGAUAUUGCAAAAGUGUCAGUUGUCGACACCUCUGACUAUUGGGGAUUCCAGAGAUACUGGAGUAGGCUUCAUCUUCGCACCAUUAGAGGAUGGUUAACUUGCUGCUCAAUGACUGCCGUAAAACGGUGUGAGAGUAUUUGAAGAAGCAGUUCACAAGAGUUUAGCAUCAAUUCUCGAGUUCUGCACGAUCUUCCGCAUGUGUAAAUCAUCGCUGUGGGGACUCAUCACCCAAAUGAUUUGUUGGGGAUACAUUUCGCCUACAGCACGUUAUGGCAAAAUGCAGAGCUCUCAUGGGUGGAGUAUAAUGAGGAGAAUUAUGCUUGAACUUUGAAAACCUUGCUUCGAGAGUCUUACAUCGAAAUGGCAAACAACAGAAGUGGUUUUAUGAGUGAACUUCGAUUUUCGCGCAGACCCUUGUACAACACAGCCUGUCCUUUGUCCGCCGUGAUGAAAGAAUCAGCUACACCGAUUUUGGAAGUCCCCAAGUAGGAACCGAGCACUUCAAUGAAGUGUUCGUCAACUUAUCUUCUUCCUUGCAGCAGCCACUAGUUUUUGGAGAAAGAAUGUUCAAAUAUUUGCAAGUGUGGCGCUUACAAGCCGAUCCAACUUGAAGCUCACUCUCUGAUGGAAGACUUAGGUGUUUGAUUCACAGGCCGCUCUUGAAGAGUUUACAUGGAGAAGGGGAAAGUUUGGCUUGUGUCUAUGCUGGAGUUUGUUUAAUAGCACUAGUUGGACGCAGGCAUGUCAGUCUGGCUCUUCAUGCCGUGUGGCGUUCGGACAACCCAUAGCAUAUUUUACUGCCCUUUGACCGAUCGCUUGCUUCGAAUUGCAUGAUAUUCUUGGUGAUUGAGUUGUAGCUUUGUACAAUUAGCACGUAAGGGUACCUCACCCGAAGCAUUGAAAAUGGCAUUUCUAUUCAAAGUUUUUUCCUGGUCGGAGAGGCUGAAAGAUACACAGAAAUCUGCGGAGCUCGUGAACAAGACCUUUCAACAAGAGCUGAAAAAUGUACAGAGUAGACUGGAGGAGGAGAACGAUGAACUGCAAAUACUUGUGGACAUGAUUUACGACUCUUCCUUUCCUGAAACUCAGAAAUUCUUGAAGGAUCCUUCGAAAGAUCGAUUGCAGUCUCACACGGAGACUAUUUCAAGUCUUCUGUUCGGUUUGGCUGCUCAAGGUGUUGCAGUGGCUCCUUUGAUCCUCACCCAUUUUCAGAAAUAUGGAUACGAAGCCAUUGCUGACACGCUCAUUAAGUUGUUGGAGCUUGUUCGGCCCCUUCUGGCAUCCAAAGAUGCACCGGAAUUCACAAGCGACGACAUUUUGGAUGCUAUAGAUGUCCAAUGGCACUCUUCCGUAAGAUCAAGCCCUGCUUUUGGUUCCUUGAGAGGCUCCAUACCUCCAAGUCCGCUUCAAAGUCCUCGUGGAAGCUUUUCUGCCUUGAGCCCUCGGGGGAGUUUUUCCAGCCCUCGAAAUUCAUUUUCUAUGCACUACGCUAAAGUGGUAGGAAGUCCUGGAGUACAAAUACCUUCUGAAAUUAUCUCGCCACGGAGGACUCAAUCUUACUGUAUAUCUCCUCCAUCCUCAUUGCCAGGUGCUGGCUGGGAUGGUGCAGGCAGCACUCCACCGAGGAGAUCGUUCUCCUCCCGCAUGCCUAGUUCAGACGGCAACCUCUCUCUUCCUUAUGGCGAGAGACUACAGCCUCUUGCGGAGCAGGAUGAGGAGAAUAAUCAUGGCUCUGCAAGGUUCAGAAAGCAUCAUGACAGCAGCAUCAUGGCAUCCUUGUUACAAAUUGAAGACGACAAAGACAGUGCCUUGCGAUUGAAUUCGGAAUCGGAACUGAAACAAUCGCUGGAUGCCAAUAUUCCUCGUAGAUCACUUCCUCUUGAAGUUUCCAGGGACAGUGGGUUGAAGAGUGUGGGAGGUACCCAAGCCGUAGAUAAACUAGAUACACACGAUGUUCCUUGUGUGAAGAGUACAAGCGUGCCAAUUCCUAAAGUUGACAAAUCGGGUGGUGAAGAUAAUGGGGAUAAUGGCGUCCGGGGCGCGAAAACCUUUGGAGCUCCGAAUAGAGUGUUCUAUGAUUCAUCAACUACAGCUCUUGACCAGGGAAAUGUAAUGAGGAUUGUAAAUAGUUCUCAUGCGAAGGAAGUCGACGAAGAAACGCCAGAAGUCCUCGUACCCAGUUCAUUGACGAGAAGUUCUGGCCGUGUGCAAAAACUUGUUAAGUUCUGGACAAGUUCUGGACUAGUUCUGGAAGGUGCUCCUGGCUUGCUUAACGAGAAGAACUUUGAAAGUGAAGCAGGAAUACACUCUGAAAAGGUGCCUUUGCCUGAUCAAGUUCCAACUCCUAAAAGCACCCAAGUUCAGCAAUUGACUGAGGAGCUGUCUUCUCCUGUACAAAAUACAACACAGGUGAAGCAGGACUCUAGCUUUAGUGCAAAGAAAACCGAGUCGAAACAUAUUGAAGUCGAAUCCUGCAUGAGCAAUGUAAGAGUGUCUGAUAAUGCUCAAAUUGACAUGGGCAAAGCUGAUGAGAACAUGAGGAAGGUCGUACUGGAAGUGAUAGGAGGCAACAAUUUAUCAGUGGAUUGUGUCGAGGGGGAUAUAGCAAAUCACGAACAUCACCCUAGUACGCUCCCUCCCUUUUCCUUCGAUGCGAGUGACAAGCUUUUCGCGUCAAUCGCUAUUAAAGACAAGGAGGAAAGUUCCAAAUUACUCUUAGAUCCUACUGAAGGAAGUAUACCAGGUGUAGGCAACCUAUCAGAGGGUGAGGUAGAAAGCCGAGAACACGAGUCCCUUGAUUUAAGGCAGGGACAAGAGAAUGUGGAAGCUAUGACCGAUAUCUUGGAUAGUUCGUCUGCUCUGGACAGUGAGGACAGUGACGAUGACAACAGCAGAAAUAGCUCCUCCAGUUCUUCAUCGUCGCAAUCUAGUUCUUCCAGUUCAUCUUCAACUUCAGAUGAUGAAAGCACCUCUAUUUCUUCCAAAUCCUCAGAGAAGGGCGAAAGCCUAUCCAACUCUGACUAUGAUACAGAUGAUGAACGCUGCAUGAUAUCUUUGAGACAGCAAGGAACAGAAGAAGUCCCGCAGUCAGUGCCUGUUGAAGACUCUCUUGAGGGUGGCACGGUCCUUUCUCAUGCUCAAGAUGAGGAAACUACACUUCCGCUUGGCAACGUCUCUUCUGAAUUCUGUUCCACUAUUGACGUAGAUACACACGAAGUGCCAGGAACAGAAGAAACUGGUUCGGUACCCUGUGACAACAACCCUGAGCUGGACCUUGAACCAGGUGCAGAAUUGCUUACUCCUAGUUAUAACUUGAUGACAUUUGACAGUGAUGAAGACCGAAGCUCUGACCUCUCUAUUGAAUCCGAGGAUAACUCAAUUCCGGAUGAGAUGAGUGAGAAUGAGGUGAUUACCGAGCCAGCUUCACAUGAUGGUCUUCACAUGAUUUUAGUCAAUUAUAUUACUGGAAGCAGACCAAUUUCUCCGAAGGAGCUUCCACCUCUAACAAAUACGACUGCAAACGGCACAUCUCUUCCGUCUUCGUCAUCUCAAAAUUAUCAAGAGGACCUUGUUGCGGGGAACGUCAUGAAGGUGGUUGCUUCAUCCGCCAUUGAUGGAAGCACUGACGCAGGAGUACACUCACAUGAUGCGCUCGAAUUAAAGCUAUCUGAUAGGUCUCCUUCGGAGAAAAUGGAAAAGACUGAGGCAUCGGUUGUGACCGAUUCCGUAAUUCUGCUCAGUGACGAUAGAGACCUGGAGGGGAAUCAAGAACACGUGUUUGCCGACGUAUCUUGCCAUGAUUCUGAAGUAGUUGUCACCGACUGUGAAGGUGGGCUAAUUGGUGCUCUCGCUCAGAAUGAGAUGGAAAUGGACUUUCCUACGAAAAACUGUGAGCCGCAAUCUAUUGAAGAUGAUUCAUUAGCUUCGGUUCCUUCAGGUGAGGAGGUUCAUGAUAGGGAUUUUCUUGUCAGAGAAGACUUGGUAACAGGUGGAUCUGAUGUAAAGGAGUUAGAUGCUGCAGGGAUUGAGACUUCAGAAAUUUCUACAGGAAUCGAAGAAGGCCAUACCCCCGGAGGACACCCUAACGAACACAUUACCAAAACAGGUGAAGAUGAGCCGUAUUUGGUUGAAGGCAAAAACCCACGGCAACAAAAGGAUGAAGAAGUGAGUGGCUACAGUAUGAUCAAUUCCCAAGAAGUGUCGUAUGGUAUCAAAAACAAAUUCGCCGACUCUGUUUGUAAUCAACAAACGGAUCCCGCAAACGGUUGCACAAUGACUUUUAGUACUGAUGCAGCCACAAAUAUUUCUUUGGAAGGGGCUGCUAUACAAGAUAGCCCGCGUUCUAAAACUUCGUCUGAGAUCGACAGUGUAGCUCUGCCCUCUUAUGUACAAGAAGAGGGUGACAAUGACACUCGCUACAUUUCAGAAGAAUCAAGAUUUGCUAGAAGCCGAGAACCUUUACCGGAUACAGCACUGGAGCAAGCUGUUCGCGUUGAUCAUACUAAAUCUGUUUCGGAAGGCUCUGAGAAUGAUGUGCACUUGUUGCAGACUGAGGGCCAUAAACAUGACAUUUCUACCUCCGCUAGUCCUGAAUCAAGUGCCGAUGCUGAUCAAACUUCUGAAAUAUUUGCCUUGAAGAGUCUCUCCGUAUCUAAUGAACAGUCUGAAGUCCAUAAAUGCAGGUCUCACUUGAUUGAAAAUGCUGAAGAUGAUAGAUUCAAUGUUAUCGUCGAACCUGUGAAUGUCCAUUGUAUUGAGGCUGUGGCAGAUAAGGGUGGUUUCGAAGGGUUUGGAGGAUCACAGGAGAGUGAACAAGAAGUUGCGGGCCCAUGUGAAAGGGAUGUUUCAGAAGUCUCUAGGGAUCCACAUGGUUCAUACCUGACUAAAAGCGAAAUUCCAUCAUCUCUUCAAUCUGAGAAGCAUACUACUGACGCUGCUGAGCACGUAUCUACUCAGUGGACAUCACCCGAUAGUAAAGACACGCUAGCUCAAAGUGACAACUAUGACCCUUUGAGCUUGAACGAGGGUGAGGUUUCACCUAUUGUUCAAGCUGAUGAAACCCAUCAUCGUGAAAAUGAAGGCCAUAAUUUAGCGCAAGCUGACAAGACCAACUCUAACUCAGUCCAAUAUACGGGGGAAGUUGGAAACAUUGAUUCAAGUGGAGGUGAUUUGAAGCGUUGCACAGAAAGUUUGCUUGGUGUUCAUCAUGAGGAAAUUUUUUUCCUUGGUGAUGAUGUAUCCGAGCAAUCGUUGGUUGGGUCUCGAAGUAGCAGAAGAUCUAGCUUUGAGCAAGACGAUUCGCUUCGCGAUGUAAAUGUCCAACAGACCGGAUAUUUCAAGGUGAAGGGGGGUAUAGAAGUGACUCUUCCAGUGAAAGCUACGGAAAAGGAAUCUGGUGGUGAAAGCUGUGUACUGAAAAGUUUAGAAGCCUCUGAUGCAGGGAAUCUAACUGGAAGCUUGAUCUCUGGCAGUUAUGACACUGAACUCUCUCCCAGGGUCGAUGGCGACCAACAAUCUCCACUUUCUGAGUACCUGGAGAGGAAUAAAGUGACCAGUGAGGAACACAGGGAACCAGAGUUAAUUCAGCGGGAAUCUCUGAAGUCCAUUUCAGCAGAUUUGAUGGUCACCACUCCUGCUUUUCAGUCCGAUCGACAUCUACAGCCGGUUGGAGAAGUCCCACAUAUGAUUUGUGAAACUCCCCAGUCGUCGACUCAGGAAGAGGAAAAAGUUGACUUCACUCCCCAUAGUGUCUUUACGCUAUUGAGUGAACCCGAAGAGUUAUUUCUAGCUGAAGACAAGGGAGCUGAAUUAGCAGUGAUUGAAUGUACAGCUCCUUCGAACUCUCACGAAGAGAAGAACUCUUCGUUGAAGCAUGAUCGCAAUAAGGAAUCGGAAGGCGAAGUGAAUAAGACUUCGGAUUCUGAAACUAAGGAUGCUUUGGAUGGAACUGAAUCCGAUGGAGGUAAUAACCCGUUUACCGAGAGGGGCGAUUAUACAGGUGUAAUUGACUCGGAACCUGCCCUUAAUCCUGUCAAAACCGAGACGUCUCCUUCUUCACUGAAAGUUAAUGAUGUUGAACAGGAUGAGAACUUCUGCCGAGUAGCGAAAGAUACAGGUGCCACUACAGCUACGAGUGGAAAUGAAAAUGAUUGGGUAUUUACUCUUCCUUGCCAAAGACCAGUGGAUUCUAGAAAAUUAUUAUCAGAAGAAAACUUUGAUGCCCCAGGCUCAAGUAUGUUUGUACAAGGUAAUUUUAAGCAACCCUUGACGUUUGUCUCUUCGAACAACUCCCUUUCAUCUGAUAUCGUUUCAGUUGAAGAUUGCAAAGAAGUGACGCAUUCUGAAGAAAUUGAAGGUCAAGGAGAUAAGAGCUUCACGGAAUGUGGCGCUGCAAGUCAAACUUCUCAGCAGAUAAACGAUGUUUCUGAGCACCCUGUAAAUCACGUCAGCACCAGGCGAGACUAUGGAGGGGAAGAAAGAUGGGAUGAAAAAAGGCCUCUGAAACUUUCAAACAACACAAUUGUGAUAUCCGAAAGAUUAGAGUGGGACACCCUGGAGACAACUUACAAAACAUCCAAGCUCUCGUUGGGUGGUCAUGAGAGUGUCGCUAACAGGGGCGAGCAGCCUUUAAAUUCAGUCUCCUUACCGAAAGAACAAGAGAUGUCAAUAAAAGUAGUAGAAGUUGAGAAAUCAAGUAAACCACAUUUUGAAAAUGAAAGAACUGGAGAAACUUGUAAGCAGGUGAAUGGUAAUCAAAACACACGGCUGUUGGAUGCCUUCGUCUCUACACCCGCAGAUGAAAGUGAAAGAGUUUACCAAAACGAAGUGCAACAGAAGAGAACGGGAGAUGAUAUUUUUGUGUGGCCUUCAGAGCUUUCAAAGGAAGAAAAGACACAGAUGACUUCUUACGCACUCGGAAGGAAUACGGAUUGUGAUGAAAAGGAGGUACUUGCGGGUUCCUUCAUUGGAUCAUUAUACAACCUGACGAUCAUAGAUUCUCGGGGUGACCCUGUUAGUGCGAUCCCAGUACCCACAACGAUACCAAGUCCAGUUAAAGUUAACUCCUCCAGAACUAUUGCGAAUCUCAGCCAUAGUGACACCAUGGAGAAACAUGCCGUUUUCCAGGAUGAUCGGAGUUAUCUAUCAGGUGAUGAGAAGGAAGCAGAAUCGCCCACUCGAAAUGACUCAGAUUUUGAUGAAGCAGCAGUUAUGUCGCCUGUACACUCAAAUACGACUAAAAAAACUUCGUUCGUGUCGAAUGCUUCUAGCUUACGCGACUCCAUCAUCUGCAACUCAUCAUCCAGUGAGUCAAGUUUUCAGACUGAGAAGAGAGUGCGACAAAUACGCCGGUUCAAGUUUGUCCGGACUUUAUGUUGCUCUUGCUGCUCGAAACCUUCUACAUUGUAAUUUACGUGAAUAUAUGUUCAUACUAACCUUCCUCGUUGCGAAAUCAUGAAGUGUGUAAGAAAAUGUCAGGAUUUGAGGAUUCAUCGAUUCAAUUAUCAAGCAUGUGAUAAUUGACUAUACUGGUCAUCCUUCGAUGUGGUCACCGUUUUAACAGAUCUCCUCCAGAUUCCAAUGGCCAAAAUCGGUCACACGCUGCAAUCCAGUUCUCUUGCGGAAUUUGCAGGGUUCCAGUAGGUAGCACAGGAAAUGGGUGUAAGUCAGAUAUGUUAAAUCAACUCUAGAAUAGCCGUGUCAACGUUGGUUACAAACGGUGAUUUGUGUACUGUAUUACCCAAUGUAUGUACUAGGCUUUAUAACCAACUUAGCAAAUCAGUUUAGGGUGGUAUGGAUAUACAUAGAAUAUCUUUUUUUGUGUAUGGUCACUACAAGUCCAGUUGGAUUGUAGUAUGAUUUGAACAAAGAGCAUGAAACCCAUAGUAUGACAGUUAGGAGCUUGGUUUAAGAUGAUGUAAAGAAAUAUUCGGUCAACACAGAAUCCAACUUUUGUUUCAUGA